AAGAAAAAACUUGUUCAAAAACUGCAAGAAGCGGAAGAGGCAGUGGAAGCGGUGAAUGCAAAGUGUUCUUCUCUUGAAAAAACUAAACAUCGCCUACAAAAUGAGAUUGAAGAUCUGAUGUUAGACCUUGAACGCUCUAAUGCUGCGUCAGCUGCCCUGGACAAAAAACAGAGAUCCUUUGACAAAAUCAUUGCAGAGUGGAAACAAAAGUAUGAGGAGUCACAAUGUGAGCUUGAAGGAACACAAAAGGAAGCUCGCAGCUUGAGUACUGAGCUCUUUAAGCUAAAAAAUUUCUAUGAAGAAACUCUAGAUCACCUUGAAACCAUUAAGAGAGAAAACAAGAAUCUACAGGAGGAAAUCUCAGACCUAACAGAUCAAGUGGGUGAAGGACGAAAGACUGUUCAUGAGUUGGAAAAACUAAGGAAACAGUUGGAACAGGAGAAAGCAGAGUUACAGUCUGCACUGGAAGAAGCUGAUGCUUCAGUUGAACACGAAGAAGGCAAAAUCCUACGAGCUCAGUUAGAGUUCAACCAGGUAAAGGCAGACAUUGAACGCAAGAUGGCUGAAAAAGAUGAGGAAAUGGAACAAGCGAAGAGAAACUAUCAACGUAUGAUUGAAACCUUGCAGGCCUCUCUUGAGGCAGAGACAAGAAGCCGUAAUGAGGCACUGAGAGUAAAAAAGAAGAUGGAAGGAGAUCUUAAUGAAAUGGAAAUUCAGCUAAGCCAGGCCAACAGACAGGCAGCCGAUGCUCAAAAACAGUUAAAGAUAGUACAGUCUUGUUUAAAAGAUACUCAACUCCAAAUGGAUGACACACUUCACAGUAAUGAUGAUCUUAAGGAAAACGGUGCCCUGUUGGAACGCAGAAACAACCUCCUCCAAGCAGAACUAGAGGAACUGAGAGCUGUGGUGGAACAAACCGAGAGGGGUCGGAAACUUGCUGAGCAGGAACUUACUGAAGCAACAGAAAGGGUGCAACUCCUGCACUCCCAAAACACUUGCCUCAUCAACCAAAAAAAGAAACAAGAAUCUGACCUGCUUCAGCUUCAGAAUGAGAUGGAGGAGCUGGUGCAGGAGAACCGCAAUGCAGAGGAGAAGGCAAAGAAAGCCAUCACAGAUGCAGCCAUGAUGGCCGAGGAGCUAAAGAAGGAACAGGACACAAGCGCACACCUAGAAAGGAUGAAAAAGAACAUGGAGCAAACAAUCAAGGACCUACAGCACCGUCUGGAUGAGGCUGAGCAACUGGCAAUGAAGGGUGGGAAAAAACAGCUUCAGAAGAUGGAGGGCCGCAUCCGUGAACUUGAGAACGAGUUAGAAGCGGAGCAAAAGCGAGGUUCAGAGUCCAUUAAAGGUGUGCGCAAAUAUGAGCGUCGCAUUAAAGAGCUUACUUAUCAGACCGAGGAGGACCGCAAGAACCUGGCAAGACUUCAGGAUUUAGUGGACAAGCUGCAGUUGAAGGUAAAGGCCUACAAACGUUCUGCUGAAGAGGCUGAGGAGCAGGCAAAUGUCAGCUUGGCUAAAUUACGUAAAUUGCAGCAUGAGCUGGAGGAGGCGGAGGAGCGGGCGGACAUCGCAGAAUCUCAAGUAAACAAACUGCGUGCUAAAACCAGAGAUGGUGUGCCUGGAAAGAAAUCUCAAGAUGAGUAAUGACUCAGCAGUUGAGCCUGCAGACCUAGAUUUGCUUGUUCACUCAUU